AUGUUGGUAAACAAGCGUGGUAUCUCGCCCAGGCGAGAUACAGCACUCAAUAUCAGAGCAGACAGCGACGAUGAAUACACACAUUUGGACCAGAACGCAAACGAAGACGAGGCUUGGCCAUAUAUUAUGGAGGCAAACUACAACAAGGGUGACCUCCAUAUCCAAUACUCUACUGACCAAGGUGAUUUCCAAAACCAUCUCCUUCCUAGUGAGGACGGGAGCGGGGACGACGAGCAAGACGGGUCAUGGCCAUCCAACUUCACCGACGAUGACAACUAUAGUCAAAACCUCGAAGACCUACCAUCAUCAACCCCGAAACAAUUUCAGACUCACUUCCGUGACACUAUCAAAGCCGGCAAGCUCGGUGCCGGGCUGAAAGACGUGGGAAGAGCUGAAUCACUCGAACCCUUCCUCGCCUAUUUUGAUGGAAAGAUGGACAAACGCCAGAUUACCUCCACACUUUUCCAAGUCGGUCAAUAUCUCCGGGAUAAUCGACCCAACGAGGCCGAAUCCUACGUCCAGAAGGCUCUCAAUUUGGCCGAUAAAUUAGGCGAGAGACCACUAAUUGCACGAUGCCAGUACUGGCAAGGUCGGGUGAAGUAUGCCCAAGGGCACUAUGACGAGGCGCAUCAAUGGUUUAGCGAAUGUCAAUUAUGGAUAACGGAGUACCCUGAGGCGAACACGAUGGCUCACUACAUGCAGGUCUGCAAGCCGGAAUUAAGCGAGGAGCAACGGCGGCACAUCUGUCAGGAAACUCGGAAACACGGACGCAGGGCGCGCACGGAGUCAACUGUCAGUGUAACGCUGGCUACUCAGAACUCGAAACAGUCAUGGGAAGAUAGCCUCCACUUAUUGUCGGCCGAAAACAUCCCAAAAUCCGUGCAUCGGAGGAAAAUGGCCACACCCAAGUCCCAUCUGGAUAGGCUGCCUAGAGAUACAGGUGGGUUCAUGCUGAGUGGCAGGCAAAAAUUAUUCUCGUUCGAGAUAUAUCCCAUAGGGAUGGCGUCAAGGUACCGGUCGACCAAACUGUUCCCUGAGCAGCCCUACGAAAUCAUUGUGCCACAGUAUAGGUGGGAUGAUUUCAUAGAGCAUCACAAGGACAAGAGUGUCACGAUGAGUUAUUUGGAAAGGGAGCAGCGGCGAUAUCAGACUAAACGCCAAGAGAAGAUAUACCGAAAGCGCUAG